AUGUCGCUGGAGUCGGCUCUUGAGGAAGAGCGCCUUGAAAUACUCAAACUUCUCGAGCGCCCUUCUGUGCCUCACAAGCAUAGCGGAGGUGGCAAUCCUCCCGGAAUAUCGCCAACAAUUCCACGAUCCCCUCCGUUAGUACCAAGAGCUACUUCUCCGGCGCGGUCUCCUUCGCGAGCUACUCAAUCUAUUAGUGGAAUUUCAUCGAUGAUUAUUGCUGCAGAGCGUGGUUCAAAUUCAGCUUCACCCCCCCCUGGACAAUUUGCAUAUAGCCAAAGAAGUCGAGAUAGCUCGCCUCAUGGGUCACUCCACUCCGCCACUUCUCCCGCUUAUGGAGGACCUCGUUUGUUGAAGGACCGAGAUAGGGAUAGGGAUGCAUCAGCGUUUACCCCUAAUGCAGAUUAUCAGUUUAAUAUUCUCCCCUCUACCCCGAACCCUCAUUUCAGGAGAGCGGGAGGAGGGGGUCGCGCGGGGAAGACGCCUCCAGUCCCUUCCUCGCCGACAAGUAGCCCCACGACGAUGCAUACCAGUUUAUCUCAAGGGCACCAGGAUACACUAUCAUCUAUAUACAGCGAAUCAGGCCCUUUUCAGCCCGGUGGGAUGGGGCUCCCAAGUGGUUCCCAAGUUGGUGGUCGUCAGAUUCGGCUUGGAUCUUCUAGUCGGAGAUCUGGCUCGCCAUCUAUGUAUCAUAAUCGAUCAGCAUCCCCGCAUGCUGGGAAUCUCUCCCUCUCCCCCCUAUCAUCGCCACCACUCAACAUGAAUAUGGUACCUCCCACAAAGACGUUGAUAACGGAGAAUGAUACUCUCAUCGAUCUGGAGUCUGCAUAUCGGAGAUUAUCUGAUGAUGCUCUUAGGAACUCCGGGGGCUCACUGGCUACACUACCUGAAAGGGGAGGCACCGCGGGAAAUAUACGGGCUAGCUCAGGGGAAAGUAUUUCACGUGAUGGAGGUGUUCGCUUGGAGAAGGAUUUGACAUUCAUGGUCGGCGAUGACGGGAGAGAAAUUGCGGUUGAGAGUACCGACGACAGUGAAUAUAGCAGUGAUGAUGAUACAGAGUCCUUCCGUGGCCGAAGAUCGGAAAAACAGCCCCUUGGUGCUGUUGCCGAUAGCUUGCAGCAAAGCCAACUGAUCACGACCUUGCACAAUAGCUCCAAAAAUCCCCAUCGUCAGUCUCAGAAAUCUACGAUACCGCAAAGGAAAACGAUGAGCCUUUUAGCAGCCGCAGAAGAAGAGCGCAAAACGGUGUCAUCCCGCUACAAAGUAUCAUCUCUUCUACCUUCUGUCACCGUUUCACCACCUACACAAACGCAGCAAAACACACAUCGGAAUAUAAUACACCCAAAUACGAAUUUUGACACCCGGUCACGUGUUUCGACGCCCUUUUCAUCUGAAGCGGAGGCUGAUUCUAAGGAUCUUAAGCGGGCGUCUCGGUUGUCUCUUAGUGUCUCCCCUAUAAUAUCUACGCCUGAAACGCACAGGGUUGCGAGAACGAUUGUGCGCGGGGAUUUAUCCAAUAUAGGAUCUGAGUAUUUAUCGGGGAGAAAGCAGCGGAGCUAUCUGGUAGCAACUGAUUUAAGUGCCGAAGCAGCACAUGCGCUUGAAUGGACAAUUGGUACUGUUCUACGGGAUGGUGACAAAUUACUAGCAAUCUAUGCUAUCGAUGAAGAAACUGUUGGAGAUUUCGAUGCGCAAAGAGUUGCAUCCCAGACUGCUGAAUCGCAGUAUGCGAGCGCCUCGCCACCACUUCCAGCUCGAAGAAGGAGUUUAGAGAAGGGGAGAACUAAAUCUGGGAGUAGUCCGGUGCGGUCAUCGAGCCUAAACCGUUCGGAUGUGCCUGAUAAUCCUGGUGAAGGAAACCAGUACUCGUCAAACAACUCGAGCAGGGAUGCCCUUCCUAGUAUACCGGCUGAGCUCUUGGAUAACGAAGAUGAAAAGGCACCGGCAACGAGUAUUAAUUCACGGGAUAAAAGUAAAUCCGAGCAAGAGCGUUGGGCUGCUGCGGAGCAAAUCUCCACACUAGUGGCCAAGCUGCUGAAAAAAACAAAAUUACAGGUCAAUGUUAUCGUUGAAGUGAUUCAUUGCAAGAGCCCAAAGCAUCUUCUCACGGAAAUGAUCGAUAUUCUGGAACCAACAUUGGUCAUACUCGGGUCACGAGGAAGAAGCGCGUUGAAAGGAGUUCUGCUCGGGUCGUUCUCGAACUAUCUUGUUACGAAGUCUUCUGUUCCCGUCAUGGUGGCUCGGAAAAAACUCAAGAAGAGCAAGUACAAGAAUCCGAACCCCCGUCUUAUCAAUAAUCUAAGCGCGGGGUCAUCGAGAACCCUCGCAUCUGCAAAGGUGGAUUGA